AUGCCUAGGGGUCCCGGUUCAAACAAUGGGCGCGUCUCCAAGACCUCUGCCCCUACCCGGUCGUUGAAUGAGCCAAAUAUCGCCGCGUUGAAACGAGAGAUCACCGCAGCUAAUGAUCAAGUGCAACAGCAACUGAACAGCCCUCCAGCUCGUCCGGCUCGUGUAGCUCCCAAACCGCUUGAUGAUACACAAGAGAAAGUCUUGAUUCAGUGGAUUCGGCAGGUGAAGGAGUUAUUCUCUCUUCCUAUGGGACCCCUCAUCACGAUAAGUACGAAUCAAAUUCUGAACUGA